AUGUUACCAGCCUUUAGGAAGGACUUAAAAAUGAGGAUUAACCUAGUAAAUAAUUUAAAAAAUCUAAUUUUUACAGUAAAAUACCCUGUUAAAAUUAAACGUCUACGUGGAACACUUUGCCGUCCGAACAAAGAACCUGCUUGUAAUGAAAAUAGGGCAACUGUUUUAAUGCCUGGAAUUGUUAAGCUUUUGGAUGGUGAAAUGCUUGUUCCAAAAAAUAAUUUUGAUUUAAUUAAAUCUGGCACAGUUAGAAUGACAGUUAAUUCGCCUAAUUUUGAUAAACCUAUUUGUUUAAAUGGGACAAGUCAAUAUUUAGCUAUGCCUAAUUCUUGGUGUUCAUUUAAUUUAUGUGAAUUUAUUGGAAACGAUUUGUGCAAACUUUUACAAACACCCGGAAUUCAUACAAUUAGGGAAUUAGAAAAAGUACUUAAUUUUAACUCAACCCAACUCCUUCCUGAUCCGCCUGGUAUUUUUGGGAUUACUUUAUUGGAUAUAUUAUCGGGCGAAUUUUCUUUCUCAAUGUUUCUUGAAACAGAAGGUCAAACUAUUCUGGAAUUACAAAUUCCUACAAAUCAGAAAUACCUCCAAAUAGGAGUGGAUAAUACUUAUUCAGAAGAAUGCCAUUAA